AUGCCAUCCUUGGAGCCAAUCCCCGCCAGGAACCCCAACCUACCCGAUGGAGGGUCCGACGAUGAGGCAGACCCUGAACUAGUGGAACUCCUCCGCCAGCACCUCGGACUGGGCGGCAAACAGCAGAAUGAUCUUCCUCCAGAGACCAGAGUUCUGGAGGGUGCUCAGUACAUUUUUGACAAUGCCAUCGACGUGGCCCUGAGUCCGGCGCAGACCAAAGAAGCCGCCGAGACAAUAUGGCGAAUGAUGCAGAAGAAGGCCUACUCCACAAAGACCUGGUCAGAGCAUGAGCUGCAUCCCCAAACUAAAGAUGAAAGCACUGUUGAUUUUAUUUUCACAAUGGAUCUUUUAAACUUUAGCUUCUGGUCCGAGGAGAAAGACGAAGCGAAGCGUUUCUGCAUCGAGUAUCGCGGCAAGAGGUGGACAGGCUACUGGAGUUUGGUUGCUGCCUUGCAACGAGCUCUCGAGGAGAAGAUCCCUAUCACAACUCCAGACUUUUGGAUCGAUGAGGAGCAAUGCACAGAUGAGCUGCUGAAACAUGUCUUUCGAUCCGCCACCGAUGAGGAGAUCCCUUUGUUCCAAGAGCGAGUCCAAUGCCUGCGAGAAGCAGGUGAAGUUCUCUGCAAUGAAUUUGACGGAAGCUUUGUCAACUGCAUCGAUGACGCAAAUUUCUCUGCUGCCGGUCUUGUAAACUUGCUCACCGAGAACUUCGCUUGUUUCCGUGAUGAGACGAGGUUCAACGGAAAAAGAGUUCGGCUUUACAAGCGCGCCCAGAUUCUCGUUGCAGACCUGUGGGCCUGCUUUGACGGCGAGGACUUUGGAGAAUUCAACGAUAUUGAUAAGAUCACUAUGUUUGCGGAUUAUCGCAUUCCGCAAAUGCUCCACCAGUUUGGCUGUCUUCGCCUGUCUCCCCCACUGGAAAACCACAUUCGAGAUGGAAAGCUGAUCCCAGCGGGCUCAAACUGGGAAAUCGAACUCCGCGGCGCGAGCAUCUGGUGUGUUGAGCUUAUAAAGCGGGAGAUCGAGAAGCGUCACCCAGAAGUAAAGAAUGCUGGACACAAAGGCAUCUUCACUCCGUCCGAGGAAAACACUCCCCAGGACUCGGAGGCCGAGGCCGAAGUCGAGAAAGCCAAGGCUGAAAAGCCACCGAAGACAUACGGAAUCAACGCUAUUCUGAUUGACUUCUUUUUGUAUGAUACAAUGAAGAACCUGGAAGAGGAACACAACGAGAGUGUUCCUCACCACCGGACUCGGAGUAUUUGGUACUAG